AUGCGAUGGGCCGGUGGUUUGGCCGGCUUGCUGGCCGGGAUACUGGUCUCGCAGGCUGUGCCUUGUUUGUCGUCGUAUGUGGAUCCAGCUGAGGUUUCCUCCUCUGUGAGUGCGUACCUGGCAGCACACCCCAUUACUACACGCCAUGCCACUCAGACAGCCGACGCGGCAGGUAUGAUGGCAUCCGUCCUUGCUGGGGACUUCAAGCCCAGAUUACCUGCGUCCACCCGGAGUAGAUGUCCUGUGAGCUGCAGCAGCAGUGGCCUCGACUCUACUGACUGGUCGGUAUACCACAGCGUUGAUCGACUUGAUCUCUGUAACAGCACCAUGCUCCUCGAUUUCAACCUGUUUAACGAGCUGGACGAUUCAAAGACACACAUCAGUAUUGCAGCCUGUACUGCGGACUUUGUUUCCUCCUCCUCAGCAACUGCAAGCUCCCAAAAUGCUACUUGUUUCCCAGGCACUGUCAGUCAGGCUACUACAUCCUCAUUAGAGCUGGCCUCAUCAGGCUCAAAAACCUCCACUGGUGUAUCCGAUGUGGUUGAUGCGCUGGAUCAGCUCCAAAGCUUUUUCUCCAUCGCCCAGCCCGGAUGCAGUAACGCGAUACAGAUUGCCUACUCCGGCCAGGCUGCAGUGGGUGUCUUUGUCGGCUCUGGCCUUUACAGCCAGGGAGUCGUCUCCUCUGUAAUCGACAAGUUUACAGCUCAAGUUGAAACAGACGGCACCAUUGCCGAGAAGACUUUGAUUCAGACAUGCAGCGACUCCACAGCUAGAUACUCUCUCGGCGUUUUUGCCAGUGCUGAAGGAGAUCUUGUUUCCGUCCAGAAGGCGAUUCAGUCUUGGAGCAAUGGCAGUUGCGUAACUUCAAUGGAUGAUUCGACUCAAAAGUGGCAGACUCUGUCAUUUUCAGUUCCAUCCUCGAAUAAAAAUUCAUCUUCUGUCAGCAACUCAACCUACCUGGCAGAAAGAGCAGUUUUGCCCGGUCAGAGGCGAUCAAACUCUCACUCAACUCACGGCUACUCGCAUUCUUAUCUUCACUAUGGUCGUGCAAUCAACACUCAACUGGAGACCCGUGACGACAGUGAUGAGUGCACCACGAUUCAAGCUGUGUCAGGUGACACAACUAGCACUCUGGCUAGUGAGUGUGGCAUAACCCUUGCUGAUUUUGACAGCUAUAAUGCUGCAACCAACCUCUCAGAUAUCCAAGCUGGGCAGCACCUCUGCUGUUCAAACGGAACUUUGCCUGACUAUACACCUCAGCCUGAUGCGGAUGACAACUGUUAUUCCUACACAGUACAGACGAAUGAUACGUGCAGCGCUCUGGCAGCAGCAUACGAUAUCACUGUCCUAGAGAUCGAAGAUUGGAACACUGGAAGCAAUGGAACCUGGGGCUGGAUGGGCUGUGGAGACCUGCUGGUGGGUAUGCAUAUCUGCUUAAGCAGCGGGUGGCCGCCAAUGCCUUCGACCAUUUCGAACGCUGUUUGUGGUCCACAGGUCAAUGGCACUGCAACUGCAACACAUGGCACAGAUUUAAGCACUCUGAACGAGUGUCCUCUGAACGCAUGCUGUGAUAUCUGGGGCCAAUGUGGUAUCACCGCAGAAUUCUGUACCAAAUCCAACUCGACAACGGGCAACCCGGGAACAGCAGCCACGGAUCAGAAUGGAUGUAUCUCAAACUGCGGCACGGAUAUUAUUGUCAGUGACGCUCCAGCUGAGACUUAUUCUAUUGCUUACUUUGAAGCCUAUGACCAAACCCGACCGUGUCUGACAAUGUCUGUGGAUCAAAUCAACACCACAUUUUAUUCUCAUGUCCACUUUGCCUUUGCCACCCUUACCAGUGACUAUGCUAUUAACGUCACUGGCCUUGAGGACCAGCUUUCUCUGUUUUCAAACAUGACUGGGGUUAAGCGUGUCUUGUCAAUUGGAGGAUGGACCUUCUCCACUGAUCCAUCCACAUACAUGAUCUUCCGGGAUGCUGUUACUUCCGCGAAUCGAGAUACUUUGAUCACCAACGUUGUUGAUUUCUUGGAGAAGUGGGAUCUUGAUGGCGUUGACUUUGACUGGGAGUAUCCGGAUGAGCCAGAUAUUGAGGGAAUCCCAGCAGGAACCACUGCAGACAGCACCAAUUACUAUGUCACAUUGGACCUACUGAAGGCGGCCAUGACAUCAGGGAAGACAGUAUCUCUCACUGCGCCUGCUUCCUUCUGGUAUCUCGAAAGAUUCCCCAUUGAAGCAAUCAGUACUGUGGUUGAUUACGUUGUGUUCAUGACCUAUGACUUGCAUGGCCAGUGGGACUAUGGCAAUGCUUACUCGGAUGACGGAUGCUCAGGUGGCAACUGCUUACGAUCCCAUGUCAAUCUGACCGAAACGCUCAGCGCUCUGUCUAUGAUCACCAAGGCGGGUGUUUCUUCAAACAAGGUGGCCGUCGGAGUAGCUAGUUACGCCCGCUCAUUCGAGAUGACCGAGGCUGGCUGCUGGACCUCAAUGUGCACCUACACCGGACCCGACUCUGGCGCUUGGCCAGGACCUUGCACAGAUACCGCGGGAUAUAUCUCGAAUUAUGAGCUCGAGCUGGUGAUGGCAGAGAACCCAACCGCAGUUCAGUACUGGUCCAAUAGCUCAUACACCAACAUUCUGGUAUUCAACGAGACUCAAUGGGCUGGUUACAUGAACGACACCAACAAGGCGGUGCGAACCAUUUUGUACGAAAAUCUGAACUUCUUGGGAAUAUCAGAUUGGGCUGUUGAUUUGCAAUCGGAGGACGGCAAUGAAGACAGCGCCGGAUCUGGUGUCAUUUACAUCAGUCCUAUCAUCUUCAAUGAGACCAUCCCACAAGUCGCCGGUUACCCACCAUUCACGAUGGUAUGGCCUACCUCUUCGGUUUCGCCGAUGGUUGUCGAGUUCCCCCCGUAUCCGUACGUUUACAAUGACGGAGGCUUUGACUACACUUCUUGGCACUCCGUUGCUUCAAGGACGGUUGAUCAGAUGAGCUUCUUCCAGUGGUCAGGACCAGCUUCGGGUAUUCCGACCACAACAUACACCCUUACCAGCAGCUACAGUCCCUCGCCAAUCACGAUCAUCGGCGAUGAAGGAAAUCUUCCCAUUGUGAUUUAUCCACCACCUAUUGAGACACCCUUCACAACCCCGUAUGCCGUUGUUGAUGGCAAGAGUUACAUGGUCAUGGACGGCACUAUCACAUUGAACGCUACAGACGGAUACGGACUUGCUCUUGUUACGGGAGUUCCUUCUCCAGCCACCACGCCCGUGACAGUCACAAAGUAUAUUUACAUCGAGGACCCGUUCACCACCGCUAGCUCAACAACAAACAACACAGUAGUGCUUGUCGUCUUACCCACUAACACGGGAGGCUCCGACAAUACGAAUACGCUGCCACAGACUACCUCCACAUCGGGCACGAUCACAUACACCUGGUCAGAGCAGCAGAUUGAUAGCCUGGCCACGAUUCCAACUACUACUACCAUUACUACAACGGAGGUGGACGACAAAACAACCUCUACUUUAGUUGUGCCUGUCAACACUGGUGGCUUCUAUUGGUCUCCGGUGCCGAUUCCUGAUAUCCCGUUGCCCACAGUUCCUUUCCCUGAUUUGGCGCCAAUUCCAACGCUCCAUUGCUUCACACUAUUCGAUAUUUUCACUAUUGAUUGUCCGCCAAAUGGUGAUAAUGACGAUAGUUCAAGCAAAUCCACCAAGACCGUCAGGUACACCAGUGGAAAGGAAUCGCCUACUUGCUCUCCCAGCACUGCCAAAUCUUGCGGUACCCUUUGCACCUCUAACUGUGAUCCUUCAUCUACCUCCACGUCGACGACAACAACCUCCUCCACUACCUGCAGUUCGGAGUCAACGGUUACCGACUACUGGGUCUCUUGUAACUCUGCAUCGUGCGUCACAACAAGCACCGCUACGGCCACUGGAUGUGAUGUGACAGCCUCUACGACAACCACGGGUAUCUACUGUGCUGUGAGCACCACCUACGAUAUCUGGUCAACCGAUGACCAGGGUGAGAACGGCAUUCAAUACUACACCAGCACAACAACAACCAUUCCAGAGGAGGUUGUUGCAGGUGGGACCACAUAUGUGGCCGGUUCCAAUGGGGCCGUCACACUCGGCAAUGGAGAUGUCUUCACUGUCCCUACCGGCAUCACGGGUACAACGACCGUAACCCUGGGCACAGUUGUUGCCACAGUGGACCCCGCUGAAACGACUGUCAUUCAGGUGGCUGAUACCGCUACCUCAACCUCAAUCUCAUCCACAUCCAAAUCUACUACCUCCACGUCCAAAUCUACGACUACAACUUCUACGACUACCAAGAAGACCACCAGCACUACCACAACAGUCACAAUCCCAACUGCGACCGAGUUUUGUGCGAAGUAUGUCAUUGAAAAUGAAGAAACGAAAUUGGACAAGUACGGUUCUGAGUACGAUGAAUUCGUGUUUGUUAUGUGGGGUAUCAAGUGGUCCGGAACAAUGGAAGAUAUUGAGGAAUCUGAGAUUGAGGGCCUUUUGGAGGAUUGCGGUAUCACGGCAGAUAUCCAUGUUGCGAUUGAUACUCCCGAAUGGGGUACAGUAGCAAUGUGGAAUAACGGCGAGACUGAUGUUGUCACUUCAUGCGUUAAACUGAGAAUCCAAGCUUUGGGUGGUGGCACACCUGACUGUCAAUGGAUUUACAAGACAUCAGAAGCUGAUGAUUAUACUGCCAAGGACUCGGCAGAAGCUGAGAUGACAUGGAUUUAUAAAAAUCAUCCUGAUGUGAUUUCGGCGCCAUAUCCUCUCUCAACUUGA